GUUUUUCUUUCUUUUCUUUCUACACAGGCCUAAACAAAACUAACCCAUAUCUUUACACGAAUAUAGUCACAAUUACGUCUCCAAGUUAACCUAUGAAAUUUCGCGUAUGACUUGAAGCUUUUUAGCUAAUACUCGAGAAAGCCGCAUACCCGUUUGCUUCCACCGAGGGUUUAUCCUUUAGGAUAUAAGCAAAUGACAAGAGAGAUAGUCCACAUCUUCUCUAUAUCUUGUUGAUUAAGUUUGAGACUCGACAGCAUAUAUUACGCGAUUGUGGGAUUCCAUAUCAACACAUGCCUUCAUACUUCAAAAAGCCAUCUUGGGCAAGCCGAGGAGCCGAAAAUGGAGACUUGGAAUUUUACCGCCGUGCUGGUCAAACUUAUGAAGACAUCGUUGCUACUAAAACAAAUGCGCGUGAAAGACAUGCAAGCUCCUCCCUGGGCAAUCCACACAAACGGCAACGUCUUCGAAGUUCUUCAAAUGAUGGGAAUAUUAAUGACCCUCAGCACAAUACAAGAAGUGUCAAGACUACGGCACCCAAACCUCGUGUUUCCAAUGAUUUAUCGAUCACGGACACGAAAUUUUCCAUAUCCCCAAGACUCCAAAACUCACCGGAGAGCAAAUUACCAGAAUUACGAGCAGAACUUACAUCCAUGCGUUCUGAUACCACCGGCAAUGCGAACGUGGAUACGCAUCCCAAAAACUGUUCGGUUGACAUAGCGGUACCGACAGAUACAGGCGCAUCGCGUGAUGUCCGGAGUACUGCUUAUGACAACACGGUGGUACAGAUUCUCAUUACUUCAAAGAUCCCCAAGACGAGACCUCUCAUUAUUCAUCGAAAAAUGUCACAAUCUCUAAAAGGAGUACGCCUUGCAUGGUGUGCGCAUCAAAACUUACCGCAAGAGCUUCACUCGAGUAUCGUUUUGGCAUGGAAAGGGAGAAGACUCUUUGAUGUCACAACCUGUAGAAGUUUGAAUAUUAGGAUUCACAAUGCCUUGACCAAAGAGCUACUGCCGUUCGAGAACUGCUUCAGUGAUGCAGAUGACUGUCGAAUCCACAUGGAAGCUGUUACUGAACAAACGUUCGCGGAUGGGGAUCGAUCGUCCCUGAACAUAGCCAGGUUUGAUACAACGCCCCCUGCGUCGACGGAGUCUCGAGGCACGGAUAAGUAUAUUCAAAGUGAGAUCACCCUCAAGUGCCCAGAAUUUGAUGAAUACAAGAUUCGUAUUUCAUUGGCGACAGACGUCUCUCAGGUCGUUAGCGCUUUCCGUGAAGCCCGAAACAUACCCACUGAGCUGACAAUAUACCUUACAUUUGAUGGUGAUCGCCUGGACCCCCAGUGUUGCCUGGCGGACUAUGACAUUGCCGACGGGGAUUUGGUGGAUGUUCUAGUAAAGAAGGAAAUGUGACGUAGUUCAAAAACAGACAGGAAAGUUUUGACUGGUGCUAGCUAUCUAAUCAAGACUACGGGACCACGAGCCUGUUAGUAACAAUAAUGGAUGGUCUUCGGAUAGCCCAACAUAUGCUGGACAUAUUUAUGAAUUCUUGUACCACCUUACACAAAUAUCGCAUGCUAAUGCCUGAUAAAUAUUGAAACAUAACGGCGUACUUGUUUCCCAGUCGAAGCUACAAAUUAAUGGCGAAGCCAUGGCUUCCUGGUGGUGUAAAUAGGUA